UUAGUACAAGUAGAAGUAUUAGUAGUAUAAGGAAUCUACACAAAACGCUUUGCUUGUUGGCUGAUUGGCAAACUGACUGACUGUCUGGCGGGUCGAUACAAACAGUUGAAGUAGAAAUAUAAAACGUACGGCAGGCAAACGCAAGUGCUGCGCGACUUGUUCAUUAAAUUUAAAAAUAAUUGUUCCGAUUUUUUAGUUGUUACUCAUCCAACACCAAAAAAAUUUUAACAAAAAAAUAAAAACAAAUGAAAUAAAAUAAGCAAAAAAAUAAUGUGAUUUGUUAGUGCGAAUUCUUUACAAGAAAUUUAAAAUAACACUACUAAUUCUAAUAAGAAGAAAGAAAAAGUCACUUCGUGAUGUUCUCGUUUACAUAGGCUAGCAGAAAAAAAAAAUUGGAAAAAAAAACAACAAGGAAAGAAAUAUUUAUAAAAGAAAUCAUACCAGAACAAUUGCUUCCCCCGAAAAAAAGAAAACUUAACUCGAAAUAAAAAAACAACACACAGCAAAUAAAUUCUAUAUGAAAUUACCGUAAAGAAAGUAGAAGAAAAAGCCUUGAGGCUUAGAAAAUAAAAGAAAAAUUCAACAAACAUCUAGUGAAACAAACAAAAAGGAAAAAAAAUCGUAAAAAAAACAACAAAGAAAAUUUAAAACAUUUUUUUUUUUUAGAAGAACAGCCAAAUAAAACCAAAAAAAAAAAUAUUUUUUAGGCCUAAAAAAAUACUUUAAAUAAGAGAAAAAGGUAAAGCUUUAAAAGAAACAAGACAGCAACAAAAACUACAAACAACAACAAAAAUAACGAAAUAUGUCUUCGCCAGCAACACAGCAUCCACCAACAACACAGCAGCAGCAACAACAAAAAUCAGCAGCAGCAGCAGCUACCAACAAUAAUAUACAUGAGAAACCUACAGCUGUAAAUGCCACAACUAAAGGAUCAACACAAUCCACAACACAGGCCGCCACAGCUGCUGGUGGCGGCGGUGGUGGUGGCGGUGGUUCUGCUUCAAAUAGUCUUAACAAUAGUCCCACUAAAAAGCCACCAUUAAAUACUAAAGAUCGUGUCAUCGAUAGUGUACCCUUUCCGCCCAGUCGCAAACUCAACUUGGCCGAUGUAUUCGAUGCUCGCACGGGUAAACCAAAUCACGAUGUACUUAAGCAGCAUUUUAUAUUGGAGGGUCGCAUCGAAGAGGAGGCCGCCCUCAAGAUUAUACGUGAUGGUGCUGCCUUGCUGAGGCAAGAGAAGACCAUGAUUGAUAUUGAAGCACCUGUAACAGUGUGCGGUGAUAUACACGGACAAUUCUAUGAUCUCAUGAAAUUGUUCGAAAUCGGUGGCUCACCGGCCACCACAAAAUAUUUAUUCUUGGGUGAUUAUGUAGAUCGAGGCUAUUUUAGUAUUGAGUGUGUCUUGUACUUGUGGUCGCUGAAGAUCACUUAUCCCACGACCUUGUUCUUGCUGCGUGGCAAUCAUGAGUGUCGUCAUUUAACUGAAUACUUUACUUUUAAGCAGGAAUGCAAAAUAAAAUACUCGGAACGAGUGUAUGAUGCGUGUAUGGAGGCAUUUGAUUGUUUGCCGCUGGCGGCUUUAAUGAACCAACAGUUCCUUUGUGUCCACGGCGGCCUAUCGCCCGAGAUACACGAACUGGAGGAUAUACGCCGUUUGGAUCGUUUCAAAGAACCUCCCGCCUUUGGGCCCAUGUGUGAUCUGUUGUGGUCCGAUCCCUUGGAGGACUUUGGCAAUGAAAAGAACUCAGAUUUCUAUACGCACAAUUCGGUGAGAGGCUGUUCGUAUUUCUACAGUUAUGCAGCCUGCUGCGAUUUUCUGCAAAACAACAAUCUACUCUCGAUUAUACGAGCUCACGAGGCGCAGGACGCUGGCUAUCGUAUGUAUCGGAAAUCACAAACCACCGGCUUUCCGUCGCUCAUCACCAUAUUCUCAGCACCCAACUAUUUGGAUGUUUAUAAUAAUAAGGCUGCUGUAUUAAAAUAUGAAAACAAUGUCAUGAAUAUACGCCAAUUUAAUUGUUCCCCCCAUCCCUAUUGGCUUCCCAACUUCAUGGAUGUCUUCACUUGGUCUUUGCCUUUCGUAGGCGAGAAGGUCACCGAGAUGUUGGUGAAUGUCUUGAACAUUUGCUCUGACGAUGAACUAAUGACCGAGAGUGAAGAACCCUGCUCUGAUGAUGAGGCGGCCUUACGCAAAGAAGUCAUACGCAAUAAAAUACGUGCCAUUGGUAAAAUGGCUCGUGUCUUCUCAGUUUUGCGUGAAGAAUCUGAAUCUGUACUGCAAUUGAAGGGCCUGACACCGACCGGUGCCUUGCCAUUGGGAGCUCUAUCGGGUGGUAAACAAUCAUUGAAAAAUGCCAUGCAAGGCUUUUCGCCCAAUCACAAAAUCACCUCGUUUGCGGAAGCCAAAGGUUUGGAUGCUGUUAAUGAGCGUAUGCCUCCUCGUCGUGAUACAACACCCUCGCCGGCUGAAGAAGGCCAAAAAACCUUGUCCCAGCAAGCAGCUGCUGCUGCCAAUGCCAAUGCGAAUUCAAUCAAUGGAUAAUUCUAAGUCAAAUGCUAGAAAAAAUAAAUCAUGCAACCAACCAAACAAACAAUGCAAAACAAAUAAUAUUGUUGAAACAAGUUUAAAGGUUUUUUCUCUCUUCUUUCUUUGUUAAAAAAAUACAAAACAAUUAUAAAAAAUAACACAAUUCACAUUUAUAUAUUCUUCUACUACAAACAAAAAAAAAAAAAAACAGCAACAAUUUUGGUUGAACAUAUAAAAUGGAUAAUGAAGGAGUAAUUCGAAAAGAAACCAGAAAAAAUAUUAAAAUAAAGUGAACAGCAGCAAAAGAGGAAAACUUAAUUUAAGCAUAUAUCAAAAAUUUAACAAGAAAAUAUAUAAAAAAACAUACUUUUGAAAAUUUUUGAAAUUUUAAAUAAAUCAUAAUGAAAAGAAUAAUUAAAAAUCUACAACAUUAAUGAAGUUAUAACAAGUUAGCCAAGAUAAGAAAUGAAGAAAACAAAUUAAUAUAAAUUCAAAAAGAAUAUUAAACAGAAAAACUAAGAAAAGUAAACAAAUAAUAAAAAAAUAAAUUAUAUAAAAUAUACAACAUAUUUCUUAAAAUCUCUCACCCUAAAUCUAAACUAACUAACUCUCUCUCUAACUAUCUUUCUCACACUCUCUCUCUCUGUCUACUAUAAAACUUUUUUAGAUAGCUUUAACUAAUCUUUAAACCAGAAAGAAAAAAAAAAACUAAAAAAAGAAACUUUUCUUACUACAUAUUUUAUAUUGUAUACCUAAAAAUUUUUUUUAAUGAAAAAUAAAAAAACCUUAAAAAAACAUUAUUGGUUAUUUUUUAUAUUUAUAUGUAAAACUAGAUAAAAAAAAAAGAAAAACUUUAAAAACAUGUUACCCAUUCCAUCAAUCAUAUUUUCGUUGUUUUUUUGUUAAUUUCAUCAAGUGGUAAAUUGUUUCCUUUCUAAAAAAAAAAAAAAAACAAUCAAACAAACAAACACCUACAGUUACUUAAA